CUUUGAGAGUAUAAAAACCUAGUAUGUGUAUCACAUUACUAAAAAGUACAUAAAAAAACAAGAGUCGAUGGCAGGAUUUGCUUUGUCUUGUCUGUCAGUGAACAAAAUGCAAAAUGGUUGCUAGCGUUGGCUUGUAUUCAGCGUAGCGGGGGCAUAAAUGUUAUGCCGUAAUUUAAGGUUUCUGUUUUCGUUAAGUAUGGUGAGAUAGUGCUGUGAUAAUGGAGUUCGACGAGAUUGUGGUGAAAGAAAGCCCGGGGCUAUGCCGGUGCUGUCUUUCUGAGGGGUGUUACAAGGAUAUGGGGACUGAAUAUGCGUGGAUGAGCGAAACCGAAGUUUACGCUGAGAUGCUGUUAGAAUGCUUCGAUAUUAGCAUUUCUCAACUCAACGAUGGCCCCAACGGACCGAACCGUCUCAUCUGUGAAGUAUGCAUCACCCGUCUACGGGAUGCGUGCUAUUUCAAGAAACAAGUGCUUGAUUCUGAAAAGAAAUUUGUUGAUAUGGUGGGAAGAGGAGAUUUUAGGCCGAAAGCGGUACUUCUGUACCAGUCGAAUAUGAAGACUGAAUCCGGAGAGGAGUUGCAAGUGUCGUUGGAAAUGGAUGAUGGUGGAGAAGUGGAGUACUUGGAGGAUGAGAUUGACUAUGUUGAUGAUACUCCGAAACUGGAAGGCCCACAAGAGCCCGAGCCCACUGUGUCCGAUGUGACCGCAGACCCUUUACCCAUCAGAGGCAAGCGGGGAAGACCUAGAAAGACCCCGGCCAAACCAGAGAAGAAGAAAGUCAAGGUGGAGACUACCAAAGCGAAGUCUUCGAAGGCGCUUGUCAAAGAUGAUAACGCUCCGGUGCCUUACGGAGGAUGCGCCUCUGAGCGCAGACGGCAAAACUUGAAAAUCUUAUUCAACAAUACCACGGUACUGCCAUUCAAAUGGCGAGGGCGAUUCCUAUGUUUCUACUGUCCGAAAGGCUUCACUGAAUACGCCGAACUGAAAGAGCACACGAUCUCUCAUGGCUCGUGCUCGACCAAAGAUUACUCCUUGCGGGUAAUCAAGGGUAACCACAUAGAAAUAAAAGUGGAUGUUUCGGACACAACUUGUCGGCUUUGCAACGAACCUUUUAGCGAUUUAAACCAAAUCAUCAAGCACUUAAUCGGCAAACAUAAUAUGAAAUAUGAUCAAACUGUCGACAUACCAUAUCAAUCUUACAGGCUGGUUGACAUGCGGUGUUUGUUCUGCGAGGAGAAAUUCACGUAUUUCGGCUAUCUCAUAAGUCAUGUAAACGUUGUUCAUCCUCAAAAUUCCUUCGUCUGUGACGAUUGCGGUGUAACUUUCAAUAAAAAGAGAGAUCUGGCAGUUCACUUCAGAUACCAUCACAAGCCGGGCGGGUAUCCUUGCGAUCAGUGCGCGAAAAGCUUUGACAGUUUCUAUCAGUGGCGAACGCACCAAAACAGUGUACAUUAUAGGAAGUGUAAGAAUUGCAACUUGCGUUUCGUUUCUCUUGCUCUAUUGCAAAAGCACAUUUCUGUUGAGCAUGCUGACGAUGGCAACUUGAAGUGCGAGUUCUGUGCCAAACAAUGUCAUUCCCAGCAGGGCUUGAAGCAGCACAAGAGUAAAUGCAGAGUGAAGCAAAUAGUGACCGAUGAACCAGCAGAUAAAUUCUUCCCCGCAGAAAACAAUUCUGAACCGAAGAAGAAACAGAACGUGAAACAGAUCAGGCAAAACAUACAGUGUGUGCUGAACAUGUCCACUGCUGUGCCUUUCAAGUUCUUCUCUAACUUCUCAUGCUUUUAUUGCUCGAAAAAGUUUGUCGAUUUCGAAGAUUUAAAGGUUCAUACGCGAACAGAGCAUCCGGUUUGCGAUUUGAAAUCCAAGUCCAUGAAGAAAUGCAAAGGGGAACGGGUGAGCGUGAAGAUAGACGUGAACUCGCUGAAUUGUAAGCUGUGCAGUCGAAAACUGGAUGAUCUCACGCGCUUGGUCGACCAUUUGAUAUCUGACCAUAAAGCCAAUUACGACAAGUCAUUAGAAGGUUGCCUGGAGCCUUUCAACAUAAUGAAAGACAACAUUCCUUGCCCGGAAUGCCCAGACCGCGUGUUCCGCUACUUCGGCAUACUGCUCCGUCACAUGAACUCGGAGCACAGUAAAAACAAUCGCAUAUGCGAUUUCUGCGGCCGUAGUUUCAAGAGCGUCGCCAAUUUGAACGUGCACAUAUCCUAUACGCACACUGGGUCCUGCGAAUGUAACAUUUGCGGGGUGAAGUACAAAAAUCAGUGGUGUUUGGCCAGGCAUCGUGCUAAAUGUCACAACGCGAAAGACUACAAGUGCCCGAAGUGCCCUGAGCAAUUCCAAUCUCAGUACCAAAAGCAGAAGCACUUGAUCAAAACGCACAACAUAGGACAUAAGUGUGAGCAGUGCGGCAAGAUGUUCACGCGGAACUCUUUCAUGAAAGACCACAUACGACGGACGCAUCUGAAAGAGAAGAACGUAGUUUGCUCAGUUUGUAACGAGAAGUUCUUCGAUAAUUACUUACUGAGGAUGCAUAUGGUGAAGCAUGAGGGGGAAAGAAGAUUCAGUUGUAACGUGUGCGGUAAAGCUUUCCUUAGACGCAGCAAUUUGCACUCCCACAUGGAAAUGCAUAAGAAAUAUGGUCAUGUGGUUGGCCUUUUACAUGAUAUGAUAAACUAGUUCGCUGGAUUCUAUAAAGCACUGUUUGAUUUGAUUUUGACCCUUAUUUCCUUAUUAAUAGAGUAUGAAUUAGAAGUAUAAAAAUGGUUGAAACUGCUUGAUGCUAUAAGUUUAACCUCUUUUGGACAAUUCAAGAAUCGCCCCUAACUCUCUUAUUCUCGAAUAAAGUUUCUGUUUGACCUCAAUAUUUGCCAGUUCACAAAAGAGUGUCAGUGGCUAUUUUUAUUGUUGCUGACGCAAAUUACUGAAUAUUUUUUUAAUAAUACUGUGGCAGCAAGGAUGACAAAAGUUGUCCUUCAAAUCCUUAAAAAUAGCCGUGCAACUGUGUUACCUAUAAAGAAUCAAAGGACCACAGUUUAGACCCAAACUUGUACUACUCAUGUGUAAAAUUUAAUGAGAUUUUUAUUUACAUUAAUAAUAAAUAUUAUUAAGUUAAAAUCCCCAUUUUAUGUAAGAAUAGAACUAUGUAAACUAAAUAUAUUAUAAAAUAGGUUAAAAUGUAAGUUAUGAAUGAAUAAAUCAUACAUUUUAUAAAUAGCAGGCAAAGAGCACAAGCCCAUACAUCCACGUCUUGAGUAUUUUAUUCUCAGAGCCCGAAAACAUUAAUUAAUAUUUUUUUCUAAAACUAUACAGAUUUUUAAAUAUAUCAACCAGUUAAAAAAGUAUUUGAUACUAUAAAUAAACUCAAGUUAUAGAUUAAGAUAUUGUUAAAACCACUUCUUGGGCCGCAAACCGGUUUCGAAAAAGAAUUGUAAUUCUUUUUUUGAAACCUGUUUCGAUAAAAGAAUUGUAGUUUUUUUUGAAACCGGUUUCGAUAAAAAUUGUAGUUCUUUUUUGAAACCGGUUUCGAAAACACAACAUAAUUUCUUUAUUGCAUGGCUCAAAAAUAUAAAUAAAAUGUUCUAUUCUAUUAUUUUAUAAGUCAAUUCGAGGGCUUUAUACAUAAAUUGGUAGAUUUAAAAAAAAAAUCAAAUAAUGCAUUUAUA